AUGGGCAAAAUCACCAAGUCAAUGCAGUCCAAACACAGGGAGAAUCUGUCUCCUUGGGUUCGGGACUUUGCUCUGGCCGCGGCAUCGACACCGCUGCCCCUAAUACCCGACAAGCUUGCCGAGUUUCCGACACGAUGGCCGUUCCCGCGCGGAGACCUGUAUCACUGGAUCCCGCUCCUGAACCGCUUUGAUAGCGUUCUCGAGGCUUUCUGCGCCACAUACAAGUUGCAGGACGGGUUCCAGAUGCAAGAUUUCAAGUGCGCCCUGUUGUUGAAUGAGGGGGCACCGGUGGAGUAUGCUGAGGAGAAAUCUUUUACCAAGGAACGUCUGGUGCAGCUCGGGUAUCAGGAGGACGGAGACCGCCAGCUCAUCAUCUCCGUCCUCACCUUCACCAAGGUCCUCUUGCAACAUUGCGGCAACCGGAGCAUAUACGCGAGUAGCCCGCACCUCAACGAUCUGCUUCAGGCGACGGACCUGACCGUUGUUCAUGCGACUUUGGAGGUUGGUCUCGAGCUUGCGCAGCGCUAUCAGGCGUCUAUUAAACGUGUGGGCACUCCGAGCCGCCAAGUCAGCACUGCGCUCCUUGCGAACCACUACAAUAUUGAACUCGAACGCGUGCAAACAAUCGCCCAACCCUUCGUCAAAACCCCCGUUUUGCCGGGCCCUAGGUUCCAAGACGUUUCUCCCACAACCCCAGGUUCAGCCAGCAAAGGCAAGGAGAAGGUCGCCGCUUUUGGCUCUCGCAACGCCACAUCGGUUUACGCAAACGACCUUACCUCGAUCGUUACCCCCGGGACGCCUGAUGGUAAUCGUUGGGCUGGCUGGGGAGACAUCAAGCUUACAUAUUACGCCAGCGCCGCCGAGGGCUCCGAUUUGGUCCCUGCAGAAUCUUCCGCUGGGGAGAGCGGCUCAUCGUCUGUUCCUGCAACCCCGACCCCGCUUCGACGGAGUUCCACCGGCAUUUCUCAGACUCCUCGUUCGGGUAGGGCCUCUGGGGCUGAGGAUAGCCCGUCGCACCGGCAUCAGGGGUCUGGUGCCGAUGAUCAAGCUUCUUCAGGUCCUAAAUCACUUGAGAUUCGCCAGACGACCGUGGUCUCGACGUCCAUCUACGAUCUCCUCAAGCUUUGUCCAUCCGACAUGCCGAAGCCAUCAAAGUAUGAGUUCCUCAACCGGCUGAGAAUCAGCAAAGCUCUUCUUGGGUCCACGAAAGAUCGGCAAUUGGCACUCUCUGUCCGCUUGCUGGCCAUUACCAAUCUUGCAUACAUUCACCCUGAAACAACCUUUGCGGAGAAGGUUCUGAAGCAAGACAACGACGAGCCACGUCGCUAUCAGCUUGUGUACCAGCUGGCUGAGUUGGUGCACCCCUCAGCCGAUGGGACCGCCGAGACGCCGCUGCGACUGCAAGCUAUUGCGCUUGCAGCACUAGAGGCCAUCACUGGCAUGGCUAGCAAGUAUCCAGAGGUGGUUGCAGCUCUUAAUGCGAACGUCAAUCACGGCGUCCUUCUUUAUGUCAUCCGGAAAGCCGUAGCAAGCAUGAAGGAGGAUAAUUCGGAGAUGGACGACGGGAAGGUAACCGAUGCCGACCACUGGCGGUCGAGCCUCUUCGGCUUGACCCUCCAGAUGGCCAUGGCUUCCCGCAUCGGUCAGGAAAUGUCCUCUGCGGGGCUCCUGGAGAUUAUGGUUGAGAUUCUCAACAUUCGAUCCCAGACCGCGACUCGCAAUUACAGCAUGGUGCUUGCAUUCCUGGACACCAUAAUCUAUGGGUUCAAUGGCGCAUUUACCGUAUUCAGCACGGCAGGCGGUCUGGAUGCUAUUUCCAAUCUGAUCAUUGACACCGUGUCUCGCUCGAAAGAGCUUGUGAAGGCUGGCGAGGGGAUGAAGCCCGAGUUUCACUCGCAUACAGUGGACUACGAUAUCCCCUUUUAUCAUCAGCAAGCCCUCAAGUGGCUUCUCAAAUUUAUCCACCACAUCAUGACCAAUGCGUUUUCGUUCGGAACCAACAUUGACCGGCUUUUGCGGAACUUAGUUGACAACUCGGCCUUGCUCGGCAGCCUUCGCGUUAUCACGGAAGAUAUGCACGUCUUUGGUUCCUUGGUGUGGACCAAUGCGGCCGGGUUGUUGAGUGAUUUCAUCAACAACGACCCAACAAGCUUCGCCGCCAUAUCGGAGUCCGGCAUGGUGCAAAGCUUCCUCUCAACGCUCACCGGCCGGCCUGUUUCUCUACCGAAGCCGGCUGAGACCCCGAAGGCGGAGCCCGAGGGCGAGGAUGGUGCGUCGCCGGCAUAUACGGAGGACUCGGUCAACUUGGACCGUGAUGACCGGCCACACCCCCCCACACAAGAGACGCUCGAAGCGCCGAGGGACCGCCUUGCCGCUGGUAUUCUCGCAUCCAAUGAUGCCAUCAGCAUCAUUCCCACUAUCAUAAAUUCGAUCUCGUUGAACAACACCGGUAUGAAGAUGAUCGUUGCGUCCAACGCGCUCGAGACCUACCUGGAGAUCUUUGAGAGCCCUGCCCACGUCCAGGUCUUGACGGAGAUGGAGUUGGCCAACAUAAUUGGUGGUAGCUUUGACGAACUCUCUCGCCAUCACCCGGCUUUGCGACCCGCGAUUUCCAACGCCAUCCUGGACAUGGUCGCCCGAGUCCUGCAUUUGGCCAAGACGAAGUCUGAGACCGCGGGCUGGGGCGCGAAGGUCGCCAUGCUUGACUCAAAUGGAAAGGCUGUCACGGCGGACAAGGGACUCUUGGCGAUUGCGGAAUCUUCCACCAGUGCAAAAGGCAAGGAAAAGGAGGGCACUGGCGACUUGGACGUCGAGAUGGCCGAUGUGAGCGCCACGGCCACUUCCCUCGCUGGCGCGGCGGAAGAUCUGGGAUCUGACACUCACAAGACGUCAAACCCGUCACAUGCGAUUACGCCUUACAUUUAUUCCGUCGCCAACUUCCUCAACGCCAUCUUCCACAACUCGAAUCUCAAGUCGUCCUUUAUUCGCGAUGGCGGCAUCGAGCUACUCUUGCAACUUGCAGAAGCCACCAGCCUUCCCGGCGAUUUCGAGUUGACUGGCGGGUCCGCCCAGCUUUCUGUGGCGCUCGCGAUGGUCAUCGAGUCAAACCCAGUCUUAGGCUUGCCGUCUCUGCUCACGCGUAUCCAUGCUGCCAUCGACGAUCUCAAGCCACUUCUCAGCAAGGAGAGGACGCAACCGUUCUUUGCCCCUUUUGUUGCUUCCAAUAUCUCCCUGCAGAACGACAAAGGGGAAUGGGAUCAGGAUUUGGUCGGCAAAGUGGCUGGUGGCACUCGCGUCGUGAAGGCUUUGGUCAGGUUACAGAUCCUCAUGAAGACACUGUAUCAGAGCUUCCCGCAUUCUAGCAGACAGGGCACGGUAACGAUGCCUGGGGCUAACGUCUUUGACUACUUCAUCCGCCUCAUCAAGCGGGUCGGUCCACUCCUGCGUGAAGCUGGCACGGAGGAUAUGGCCCUUGCGGCCCUUGUCCCGCAGCAUUGGUUGGGGAAUCGGUCGUUUGCCGUGCACGACGACGGUGUCGUUCCAGUUCCUACCCCCGACGCCCCUGCCCCUGCCAUUACGUCUGGUGAAAACGACCAAGCCGCAGCGCAAGUCGCAACAGACACCAGCGGCGAUACAUCGGCGGCUAAGCAAACGGAACCCCAAGCAGCACCCAAGGAGCCCAAGGAGCCCACGCGUGAGGAGCGCUCGUCCCUUCGGUUCAAGAAUUACUCUGUGAUUAGCCGGCUCCUCAACUCGCUCACCCCCAGCAUCUUCCCAUUCCUCCAAACAAUGGGCAAAGUUUUACUGCCGAGGCGCGGUCCGGAUGCUUAUCUUCGGUCUCAUCACUUGACUAUUGCGGAAACGCUGGCGGACACGAUUUAUGAGCAGCUUCGUCUUCCCCAAGAUGAGAAGUUGAUGGUCCGGGACUUGCGGUAUUGGGACGUCGUGUUCGACUGUCUCAACCACAUGCUGAUCGACCCCAUGCGCCAAACGGACCGCACCUCCGUUCAGCUCAUCUUGCCGGUCCUGGUGGCAUUCAAGGACCGUGGCGGCAUUGAAAUGCUGAACUCCAUGCUGGAGAGGUUCGCCAAAGAGCUCCGUGUCGAUACGACUGAGACCCUAGAUGCCCAGAAGCUGCAGCUUGUUACUGCAGGAAUGAGGAAGAUCUUGGAGAUCUACAACGUCAUCGCGAACGGCAAGAAUGUCUAUGAGUCCCUCGCUCAAACUAGCUUGAUCCCCCGGUCCUCGGACAGGAGCAGGGAUCAUGGCCACCAACUCGUUGUGGAGCUGAGGCUGGCCAUUCUGCCGACCGUCCGGAAGCUCUGGGAGUCCGACUUCGCCGAAAAGGCGCCCACAUCCGCUCUAAGCAAGGUGAUCGACAUCAUGAAAACAAUUGCGGCUGCCGACCAAGAGACUCAGGCGUGGCGCAAGACGGACAAGACUUCGCCCGCGUCCGUGUUCAAGAAUCGCGAGCCCGUUCGUUUCAACUGGGCCGGCUACGUCGCCUUGAUCACGAGCCUCAGCCAGACAGGCUACGACGUUGAGCUCGCCCGGGAGGCGGUCUUCCGCGCAAAUGGCAAGCCGGACGAUUCGAUGGAGUAUUGCCGCGGACACUCUAAAGGUCUGGCUGGCAAGCGCAACCCCAUCCCUGAAGAGGAUGCUUACCGGAGCCCGCCGUCACCCCAGCCGCAGGAGACAAAAGACCAGCCUGCAGAGGCAACGCCCCCCACCAAUAAUACCUUGGCGGAAGACCCCAUGGCUUUGGACCUGAUGAAUGACCUGGUCCGUGAGGAGAUUGCUGGCGCCGAGGAUUCCUCUUCUGACGAAUCCAACGACAUGAGCAACGAUGACGAGAGCCAGGCCUCAGCUACAGAGGAAGCAGCGGGGACUUCUUCGGCGCAGGCUCAAGGGGCGCCGUCCGGCUCGUCCGAGGAAGCCUCAACGCCGCCCGCAAUCACAAAGGACGACCUUGACAAAGAGCGGGCCGAUAUCCAGAAUGACCUUCUUGACCGUUGCUUGGAUGUCGUUCGGACGCACCCGGACUUAGUCUUUGACGUUUAUGAUCUCAUCGUGGCCACUGUCCUUAAGACGGACAAUGAGGACAAACAGGUUGAAGUUGGGGAAGUGCUUGCGAAUGCGCUCAUGUCAUUUGCACCGAACGAUGAGGAGGAAAAACGCACCAACGCCCGGGGAAUCGCUUCCUUUGCCCACCUGUUGUCUCUUCUGCUUCAAAACAGGCCCUUUUUCAAGGCAACUCUGCCGGCGCUGAAAGACAAUGUCGGCGAGUACCUUGGGUUCCUGAAGGUGUCGCCUGCGGCUUCUCAAGAAGACCUUCCGUCCUGGAUUCCGUACAUUCUGCUCAUCUUUGAGAUUCUGCUUGCCGACGACGAGCAGCCGGUCGAGGUCGCGUGGAAGAUGCCGACAAAGGAGGAUGAGGUCGUUGAACCGCCCGUCUGGGUGGCCAAGGAUCUCAGCAUUUCUGCCGAGCAGCGCUCCAGCCUGCUCACGGCAAUCCUGGAUAUCCUCCCCAAAAUCGGCAAGCAGGAGUCUUUAGCGGUUUCCGUGCUGCGGAUUCUUGUCAUCCUCACCCGCGACCACGCGAUAGCGAAGACGGUCGGCGAAAAGAAGAACCUGCAGCGUUUGUUCGUCAUGGCGAAGCAGUCAUGCGCGGGAGGCUCAGCACGUCUGAACCAGGCUCAUAUCACGGACAACAUCAUGGUUGUUCUUCGUCAUAUAGUGGAGGACGAAGACAUGGUCCGGCAAAUGAUGGAGACCGAGAUCAAGCAGUUCUUGUCUUCGUCGCGAAACCCCCGCACCUACCAUGAUCUUCAGAGCUAUCUCCGCCAGCUCUCCCAUGUGGCGCUCCGGUCUCCCAAGCUCUUUGUUGAAGUGACCACCGAUCUGGUGAAGUUGACGGGCUGGUCGGCGAUGUUUGACCCGGCUUCCCGCCCUUACAACCUAUCACUGAAGGAGAAGUCCGGGGAACAAGAGGCGCCGCCCAAGGAAGGCUCUGUUGUGUCUACCGUGCAGGCGACCGAAGAUCUCACUAUCAGCGAUGUCAAGCCGUCCACUGAGUCUGCGGACAAGGAGAUGACGGACGCUCCCAAGACGCCAUUCGAGCUGAAGCGGCCGGUUCUUGAGAAUCCCGAUGGCGUCAUCCACUUCUUGCUCUGCGAGUUGUUGAACUACCGGGAGGUUGAGGAUAAGGAGCCCGCCAACCAGCCGGCUAGCCAGCCGACCAAGGUCUCGCCAACGGAAGGCGGAUCUCCCGGCGCAAGCGGAGAGGCGACGCCCGGGCCCGAGCAGCCACCCUCUGAAGUGAAGGACAAGAAAUCGUCCAAGACAGCAUUCAAGUCUGAGGAUCACCCGAUCUUUGUCUACCGCUGCUUCUUGCUGAACUGCUUGGUGGAGCUUCUGCAGAGUUUCAACCGAGCCAAGGUCGAGUUCAUCAACUUCAAGCGCAGUGUGCCGAUGCAGACGAAUACGCCCAUCAAGCCUCGUUCCAGCGUCCUGAACUACUUGCUGAACGAUCUUCUCUGCUUUGGACCGGUCGGUGCCUCGAUGGACUCGACUGUAGUCAAGAAGAAGAUGGCCACGUCGGCGCAUGCGCAAAAUGUCCUCGUUGCGUUGGUUGCUCGCACAGCUGAGAAGCCCGUCGAUCGACAGCGGAAUCAGUUCGAGUACGAUGAUGAUUCGGACCUCUUGUUCGUCCAGCGGUUCGUUCUUGAGACUGUCCUCCGCGCCUACAAGGAGGCCGCCACGCCCGGAGACCCGAUCGAAGUCCGGUAUGGAAAGAUGAUGUGCGCGGCGGAGCUCAUGAGCUUGAUGAUUGGCGAGAAGGACAGGGAGGGCCACCACAGAGACGCUAGGGGUGUGGAGGCUGGGCUCUCCCGCUCCCAGAUGCAACUCAAGCGCCUCAUGUACGAGAAGGGCUACCUCGCGGCCUUGACCGCGUCGAUUGCCGACAUCGACCUUACGUUCCCGAACGUCAAGCGCACCAUUAAGUAUAUCCUGCGCGUCCUCAGGGCCUUGACCAAGACGGCCUACCAGCUGAGCCAGUCGGACGUCAUCCCUAUGAACACGACCGAUCAGCCGGAGGAAGACUUUGCGUCGACAUCUUCUCUAUCGGACGUGGAUGACGACCGCGAGGAGACGCCCGACCUCUACCGCAACUCCACACUUGGGAUUCUCGAGCCGGGACGUGAGGAAGAUUUCUCUGAUGAGGAGGAAGAUGACAACGAUGCGAUGUAUGACGACGAGCCGUACGAUGAAGAACUUGACUACGGUGAUGACAUGUCGCAGGACGAAGAGGAGAAUCCUAGUGACGAGGACGAUGACGAGCUCGAAGGGAUGGGACCAAUCGAGGGUCUCCCUGGCGAUCCGGGAGUCGUGGAAGUCAUCAUGGGCGAAAACGAGGACGACAUGGACGACGACAUGGAUGAGGAGAUGGACGAUGAAGACGACGAGGAAGAUCCCAGCGACGAGGACGACGAAGAUGAUGAAGAGGAGGAGGAGGACGAGUUGGGCUCUGAGGAUAUGGAAGACAUUGAAGACCGCAUCGAGAUCAUGGAUGAGGAAGGGCAUCCCAUUGCCGAUGAGGGAGCCUCCUGGGAAGAGACUGAUUCUGGCGCGGACGAGGAAGACGAAGAGGCUGCAGGCGAUCUUGGUUUCCCAGCGGAGGCCGUCCAAGACUAUCACCAGCUUCACGAUGUAAUCGUUCAGGGACAUGCUAUCGACCCCCUGGGCCGCGUUCCCGAUAUUCUCCGGAAUGUCGUCGAUGGCGGCGAUGACCUUGAUGCGGAGGAUAUGCAAGAUCUCGAUGAGCACUACAUUGAUGAAGGCGCCGAAGACGAUGAUGAGGAGGAGGAAGAUGAAGCUGAGGAGGAUGAGGUCUACUACGACCCUGGUUACCACCACGAUGACCACCCCCCUGCCAAUAUGCCCUCCAACCUUGGUUGGGAUGUUUCCCAUAUUGAGCCCCACCACCGCUUGCGGCAUGGAGGCGCCCGCAGCCCCUUCCCAGCUGCCCCCUUCAUGGGAGGCCACCAUCGUGAUCCCAUGGGCCCUGAUUUCCGAAGCUAUUUCCGCCACAGUCAUCCUCGGCCACCAACGAACCCGACCGACAACGGCAUCAACCCCCUGUUGCUUUCGGGUAACCGAGGCGGGCAUGACGCUUCAAGGAUCCCCAGCGGAAACACCAUUAGGUUGGGCUUCUCGGGUUCUUUGAUGGGUCAUGGCGUGGAAGCACCCCUUGCAUUCAUCAACGACUUGAUGCAGAGCAUCCCUCUCCCUGGCCGAGAUGGUCCAGCGUUCAGCCUCCAGUUGCGGUCUCCGGACGGGUCCAUUCGCCAGCUUAGUAUUCCGGUGAACAUGGCCCAGCCUGAUCGUGAACCGAGGUGGGAUCCACGCCGCGAAGUGUACCAGGAACCGCAGAAUGCGGUAGCGUUCCGGGCCGACAGCACAGCUCACCGGUGGCAAGAGGAGGCCAAGAUGGUGUUCGGGUUUGACCACAACGAAAAGUCGAAAUUGCUGUCCACCCUCAUUUUGGGCAUGCUUACCCCGGCUGCUAUCCAGCACGAGAAGGAAACCAAGGCUCGUCUCGAGAAGGAGCGCAAGCAGGAAGAGGAGCGGAAGCAGCGUGAAGAGAAAGUGCGCCAAGAGCGGGAGGCGAAAGAGGCGGAAGAGAAAGCCGCUAAGGAAAAGCAGGAAGCCGAAGAGCGGGAGCGUGAAGAGCGAGCCCGCGCUGCGGCGGAAGCUGAAGCUGAGGCCGAGGCUGCUGCCGCCCGUGUCGCCGAGGAGGCCGUUGCCGUGACAGAACCCGCCGUGGAAGAGGAGCCCCAGGCGAUGGAAGGGGUCGAAACUCACGCUGAGCCACAGGAGACUGAGCCUCAAGCCGCUUCGUCUGCGGAGCGUGUCGUCACUACGAUUCGCGGCGAAACUGUGGACGUCACAGAACUCGGUAUUGACCCCGAUUACCUUGCCGCGUUACCUGAGGAGUUCAGAGAGGAAGUCAUUGCUCAGGCCGUGAGUGCCAGGCGCUCUCAGGCUCGCGAGCAGGCUGCCACUGCUGAGGGAGAGAACACGGAAGUAUUCCAGGAGUUUCUUGAGGCGUUGCCUGCUGAGCUUCGUAUGGAGAUUGUCCAGCAAGAGCGUCAGGAACGCCGCCGCCGCGAACGCGAGGAGCAACGGAGACAGGCCACUACUACUGGCCAGGACCUUGGGCCCGUCGAAAUGGAUACGGCUAGCAUUUUGUUGACUUUCCCGCCUGCGCUUCGUGAGCAGGUCCUGCUUGAGCAGGGCGAGGAUAUCAUGGAUCAACUGCCGCCCGAGCUUGCCGCCGAGGCCCGCGCGAUUGCUCAACGUCACAACAUUCAUCGCGUUCCGCCUGGGGGAUCCCGCCCUCGCGAGACGCUUCGCCAUCCCGAAGCGGCGGUGGAGGCCAAACCGCAACGGCGCACUAUUGUGCAGAUGCUCGAUAAGGCGGGUGUUGCCACACUCCUCCGGCUGAUGUUCAUCACGCAGCAGAGCUCGAUCCGCAACUAUCUGUUUGACGUUUUCGCCCAUGUUUGCGAGAACCGCCAGAACCGCCUGGAGGUCAUCUCGACUGUCCUCCAAAUCCUCCAGGACGGGAGUACCGACAUGGACGCCGUCGAGCGAAGCUUUGGUCAACUGUCCCUGAAGGCCAAACAACCGCGGGACAAGGACCCCAAGACGCCUCUCGCCCUCAAGCGGACCUUCACCAACAUCAGCGUGAACACGCAGAUGCCCAGCAACUCGGAGGUUUCGCCGCUCCUCAUCGUCCAGCAGUGCUUGGAUCUUCUGCAGGAGCUCGCCACUAAGAACCCUCAUGUUCCGUCUCUGUUCUUGACGGAACAUGAAACUGUGGCUUCCACUCUCAAGCGGAGCGCGAGUCGCAAGGGUAAGGGCAAAGACGUCAGCACCAAAGCCCAAAAGUAUGCCAUCAACUCGCUUCUCGGUCUCCUGGAUCGCGAUCUCAUCAUGGAGAGCUCCUCGGUCAUGCAACUUCUCGCGGAUCUGCUCAACAAGAUUACCUAUCCACUGCAGGCGCUUGAGCGCCGGCGGAAGGAAGCGGAAGAGGAAGCGAAGAAGAAGGCCGAGGAAAAGGAGAAAGGCAAGGAGGAAAAGGAGGAGAAAGAGGAAACGGCCGAGGCUGUUUCUGCGAGCAACGAGCCUACAGGGGGACAGCAGACCGCUACUACCGAGCCUACGGAACAGUCCACGGCUACUCCGGCCGAACAGCAAGCGCCGACCGAAACCGCGCCGGCGCCAGAGGAGGCGGAGGGUUCAGCAGGCAAGGAAGCCAAGGCUGAGGAUAAGACUGAGGACAAGAAGCCCCGGCAGCUCACUCCUCCCACGAUCCCCGACCAGAACUUGAAGCUGGUCAUCAACGUAUUUGUCGCGCGGGAGUGCAGCUCCAAGACCUUCCAAAACACUAUUUCGACCAUCAAGAACUUGUCCAACAUUCCGGGUGCCAAGAAGGUCUUUGGUGAAGAGCUCGUCUCCCAGGCGAGGGCCUUGAGCCAAAACAUCGUGUCCGACCUCGAAGAUCUACUACCGCAUAUUCUUCGCGCGGAGACGGGCACCGAGAUUCAGGGAAUCGCGCUGGCCAAGUUUUCCCCGGGCGCAUCGGAGCAGAACAAGCUGCUUCGCGUUCUGACUGCGCUUGACCACCUCUUCGACACCAAGAAGAAGUCCAGCAGCGGCGCCGAGGGCGAUGAGACCACAGAUGAUACGAAGGAAGAUCUGCUUGGGUCGCUGUAUUGGAACCCGACCUUUGGCACCAUGUGGGAGAGAUUGAGCGCUUGCCUUGGCGCGAUCCGGCAGCGGGAGAACAUGCUGAACGUGGCAACGAUCUUGUUGCCGCUCAUCGAGUCUCUGAUGGUGGUGUGCAAGAACACAACGCUGAGCGAAGCGUCUACGGCGCAACCCGCGACCAGCAAGGAGAUGCUCCUGUCCAGCCCGCCCCCUGAGAACCGGAUUGCCAGUUUGUUUUUCACCUUCACGGAGGAGCACCGUCGCAUCCUCAAUGAACUUGUUCGCCAAAACCCCAAGCUCAUGUCAGGGACCUUCUCCCUUCUAGUGAAGAACCCCAAGGUUCUCGAGUUCGACAACAAGCGGAACUAUUUCAACCGGAGCGUACACGCGAAGUCUAGCCAGCAGCAGAGGCCGCAGUACCAGCCGUUGCAACUGUCCGUGCGUCGUGAUCAAGUCUUCCACGACUCGUUCAAGUCGCUGUACUUCAAGUCCGGUCCGGAGAUGAAGUUUGGCAAGCUCAACAUCCGCUUCCACGGCGAGGAGGGUGUCGACGCCGGUGGUGUGACCCGCGAAUGGUUCCAAGUGCUUGCCCGCCAGAUGUUCGACCCCAACUAUGCUCUGUUCAUUCCCGUGUCGUCCGACCGCACCACUUUUCACCCGAACAAGCUCAGCGGCAUCAACGAUGAACAUCUGAUGUUCUUCAAGUUCAUCGGGCGCAUCAUCGGCAAGGCCCUCUAUGAGGGCCGGCUCUUGGACUGCUACUUCAGCCGUGCGGUCUACAAGCGCAUCCUCGGCAAACCGGUGUCGGUCAAGGAUAUGGAGUCGUUCGAUCCGGACUACUACAAGUCUCUAGUCUGGAUGUUGGAGAACGACAUUACCGACAUCAUCGUAGAGACAUUCUCGGUGGAGGAUGACGAGUUCGGUGUCACCAAGGUCGUGGAUCUCAUUGAGAAUGGCCGUAACGUCGCCGUCACGGACGAGAACAAGCACGAGUAUGUGCGCUUGAUCGUCGAGCACAAGUUGCUUAGCUCGGUCAAGGAGCAGAUGGAGAACUUCUUGAAGGGUUUCCAAGAUAUCAUUCCCGAGGAUCUCAUCGGCAUUUUCACGGAGCAGGAACUCGAGCUUCUCAUUUCUGGCCUGCCGGACAUUGACGUGGACGACUGGAAGAGCAACACCGAGUACCAAAACUACAACGCGGCUUCCCAGCAAAUUCAGUGGUUCUGGCGCGCGGUGCGCUCCUUCGACAAGGAGGAGAGGGCCAAACUUCUCCAGUUCGUGACGGGCACGUCCAAGGUGCCUCUCAAUGGUUUCAAAGAAUUGGAGGGCAUGAACGGCAUCAACAGGUUCAACAUCCACCGAGACUAUGGAAGCAAGGAGCGUCUUCCUACCUCGCAUACCUGCUUUAACCAGCUCGAUCUCCCUGAGUAUGAGAACUACGAUUCCUUGCGCAAGCAACUGCUCAAGGCCAUCACGGCCGGUAGCGACUACUUUGGCUUUGCCUAA